AUGCUGUCCGGAAGCAAUAAUCCUCCAUCAUAUUCUGCACAAGGUGCUGAUGAAGAUGAGACAAUUCAAGCAGAUGUAACUGAGAAUACACCAAUUUCAACUUCUUCCCAUAAUGCUGGUGCUAAUGCAACUAAUUCGAUGUUUUCAUCUUUUUCUUUCGGCCCAAAAGUUGAUUUAUCAUCGACAUUCACUCCUUUCACACAAUCAAAGACAUUCACAGAUUCAAACACUAUAAAGGAACGCCAGUAUAGCGGAGGAGAUACACUCGAUGAACCAGUGUGGAACACGUUGAAGAGGGAUUUAUCACAAAUAGGGCGGAGGCUAGCAAUAGUAAUUUGGCCAAUGCAAUUAGCUAGCUUAGCAGCCAAGCAGCAGCUGAGAUUAAUUGACUUUGCUAGUAACAAUGGAAUCAAUUUACCCCUGCUGAUAGUAAACGCGAGAAGAAUAUCGGUUUCAGAAAACCAAAACGAUGAUGAUGAGGAUAGAGAAGCAGGUGUAACUGGUGACGAAUUACUUUCCCAAACUACUUUAGAGUGGGAUUUAUGGGGACCGUUGAUUUUUUCGUUAGUAUAUUCCGUAACUCUUGGAUUAUCUGCCUCUAAAAGUGAAACAAACCUGGUAUUUUCUGGUUCGUUUUCUUUUAUAUGGCUAUUUUUUAUUGUUAUCGGCUUGAAUAUUCAAUUAUUGGGUGGGAAUAUUUCCUUUAUGUCUGCAAUUAGUGCUACGGGUUACUCAAUGUUCCCAAUUACAUGUGGUGCUCUUGUUUGUUCUUUAGUUGUUAAGUGGAAAUUGAUUAGGAUCAUUAUCAUGGCAAUUUUAGGUGCUUGGAGUGUAUAUUCUGGGGUCAUGAGUUUAAAAUGUUCAGGUGUAUUACCAGGAAGAGUGUUAUUAGCAAUUUAUCCUGUUGGUCUAAUGUAUUCUGUAUUGAGUUGGUUGUGUAUAAUUACAUGA